AUGACGGAAGCAGCGGGAGUUCACGGCGGCGGGCUGGGCUGGGCGGGCCCGGAGCCUCCCGGGUGCGGCCGAGAGGAGGCGCAGCGUCCGCGUCUCCUCCUCCUCCUCCUCGGCGGCGGCGCUUUGAAAUUGUCCGCGCCAAGGCGCGGCUGCUUGGAGAGGCUCGCUCCGGCCCGCCCCGCCGCGCUGCGCCGCGCCUCCCCGAGCGCCCUAAAGCGCGCCGGAUCCCAGCCGGGCGGGGAGCGCCGCCCAUGCCCCGCGGCCGGCAUGCUGUGGGGCCGCCUCGUGCUCGCCUUGCUGUGCCUGGGCCGGGGGCGGCCGCGCAAAACGCCGCCGCCGCCGCCGGCUCCCAGCAGCUCCCCCGAUCCCUGGUGCCCGUACAAGGUGCUGAGCGAGGGCCGGGCGGGCGACGACGGGGAAGCGGGCAGCGGUGUAGGCGGCGGCGGCGGCGGCGGCGGGGGGCGCCUCUGCUUCCGCAGCCCGGCGCGGGGCUUCCACUGCGCGCCCCGCAGCUGCACGGCGCACCGCUCGCCCGGGCGGGCCCUGCUGGCCAACGUGCUGCUCAACGGCAGCGUGCUCUUGCAGUGGGGCUGGCCCCCGGGGCUGCAGGCCGGCCCCGCGCCGCGGCUGCGCGGCUUCUCACUCUCCUGCUCGUGGGAAGGCGCCUACACGCGUUUCCAGUGUGACACCGUGCAGCUGGGCGCCGCCUGCCGGGACUACCUGCUGCCCGACGCGCACGGCAGCGUCCGCUACCGCCUCUGCUUGCAGCCCCUCUUCUCUGCCUUCAACGCCGGCGGGCCCGAUCCUCCUCCUCCUCUUCCUCCUCCUCCUCCUCCUCCGCCGCCGGCGCCGCCUUCCUCCUGGCCUCCCGAGUGCGUGGAGUUCACCGUGGAGCCGGCCGGCAUGCGGGACAUCGUGAUCGCCAUGACAGCGGUCGGGGGCUCCAUCUGCGUCAUGCUGGUCCUCAUUUGCCUCCUGGUCGCCUACCUCACCGAGAACCUCACGCCCCCCGCCGCCCCCUCCUCCUCCUCCUCCGCCGCCAAGAGGGGCAACUGAGGCCGCGAUCCGGUGCACGUUUCCCUGGGGACAAGCGCGCUCUAAGGCAGGCCGGGGUU